AUCAUCGCAUUUAAGGCUUUAACAGUGAAGUAGUUUAUGAAUACAGAGAAGAGUAAGCAUGCAAAUGAGAGAAGUUCAGGCAAAAGCUGAAUUCGAGAGAGAAGUACCAACAGAACUUGGAGCAAGCAGUAGGAGAUCUGCAGUUGCAAAUCCCCUUCAAUCUCUUCAAUCGAUUCCUCAUCUUCUCUCGUGGGUUCACGAUGGCGAACCCAAGCUCAUGGGUUCACGAUGGCUAACCCAGGCUCGUGGGUUCCUCAUGAACCCGCAAGUUGGGUUCGUCGCGAACCUCUCAAGCUUGGGUUCGUCGUGAACCUCGCGAGCACCUGGAGGUAAAAUAAAAAAAAGAAAAAAAAAAGGCUGGAGGAAUGAAAAACGGGGAAGAAGAUGAGGGUAUAUCAGUAAUUAAGGGUAAAAAAUUUA